AUGACAUCGACCGUCUCACCGUCGAACCUAAUCAACUCGGUGCACCAUCAACUCAUCAAUCAUCACAUUCAACAGCAACAACAUCAACAUCAACCACUCACCCCGCAACAGCAACAGCAGCAACAGCUGAACCAACAACAACAACAGCUAAAUCAACAACAACAACAGCUCAACCAACAACAACAAAUAAAUCAACAGCUAUCUCAACACAAUAUAUUUAAUAACAACAACAAUAAUAGUAUAAAACCAAUUAAUUUAAUUUACCCAAACGGCAAUGGUUUGCAAAAUACAACAACCACAACAGCAAAUCAUAUUUUCACACAGCAACCACUCGGUAUUUCAUUGGCACCCACUACAACGACGACAACCACCACCAGACCCAUAUAUAUUUCACCGACAUUACAAACAGCAGGUGGACAACAUAUUCAAAUCAAUACACUACCACAGCAAAACACAACGCUCCAACCACAACAACUAUUCCAAGACUUGAGCAACACCACCACCACAACCGACGACAUCACCUCAGCGUAUCUCUUAAACAAUCAACUCUUAAAAUCACAACAAUUCACUGCCAAUUCAAUUAUUAAUACAUCAUUACUUCCAUUGACUCAAGCACAAACCGUUGUACUAAUUGGAGAUGUCGAUAUUACAAUUGAACAACAACCACCCUCUGAUGUUAGAACACGUACACCUAAUGAUCGUAGAACAUUCAAUUGUGUUAUCAGAGUAGUUGGUGAUUAUGUAAAGAAUAACAUUACGACUGUGUUGGCACAACUUGCCUAUGCAAAUUCGCACACCGAACGUCCAUCACAAGAUAUUUUGGGUGGUAACAAGGUGGUACCCGUAGGAAAAGAUGGAAAAGUCGUUUUCGAUAGCCUAUCUAUGACAGAGGCUUCCACCAAACAUCAAGAGAACGAGUUUUGUCUUGAAUAUAUUUUGUUGACCGACGACAACAAACGUUUCAUUCUUCCAAACGGUACUCCAUUCCUCAAGCGUUCCAGACCAUUCUAUGCUUAUUCCAAUCAAAAAGUUUUAUCAAGAAGAAGAAAUGUUACAUUGAGAACAUUAAGCUCCAACAAAGGGUCCACUAUUGGUGGAGACCAAAUGCAUGUUGUUGGAUCACCAUUUAUCCGUUGUAAUUCAUUACGUUAUAUGAAGUUGUUAUAUAAUUUAAUUUCUAUUUGUUGUAUAUUUUCAGUUGUAGUUCAAUCAUUACAAAAUGGAUUGGGACUGACACCACAGAUGGGAUGGAACAGUUGGAAUCACUUUGGCUGUGAUAUAAAUGAAGAUAUUAUUAUGCAAACAGCAAAGGCUAUGGCCACCAACGGUAUGAAAGAAGCAGGUUAUAUAUAUGUAAAUAUUGAUGAUUGUUGGGCAUCACAUAGAAAUGAAUCAGGUCACAUUCAAGCUGAUUCAAAGACAUUCCCAAAUGGAAUUGCUUAUCUUGCUGAUUAUGUUCAUUCUUUGGGUAUGAAAUUAGGAAUUUAUACAGAUGCUGGUCCUUUGACUUGCCAACGUCGUCCAGGUAGUUAUGACCACGAAGAAAUUGAUGCUCAAACCUAUGCUGCAUGGGGUGUAGAUUAUGUAAAGGAGGAUUGGUGUUGGGCAUUCCUUUCCAAUCCUUUAGAUAGAUAUGCUAUCAUGUCACAAGCAUUGAAUGGAACUGGUCGUCCCAUUUUCUUUUCACUCUGUGACUGGGGUACCGAUAAUCCAUGGGAAUGGGGACCAACCGUAGGAAAUUCAUUCAGAACCACCUCUGACAUCAAAGACACUUGGGACAGUUUCCUCGACAAUCUCGACAAACAAAUCCCAAUCACUUCCUACUCUCAAGUCGGUGGAUGGAACGAUCCAGACAUGUUGGAAGUCGGCAACGGCGGUAUGUCAUACACAGAGUAUUUGUCGCACUUCCAGCUGUGGUCUAUUAUCAAUGCACCUUUGAUUGCCGGUAACGAUAUGAGAACUGUAGAUCAACAGUAUCUAGACAUCUUCACAGCACCAGAGAUCGUUGCAGUCAACCAGGAUCCACUCGGUAAGCAAGGAUCGUUGGUUCGUUCGUACAACAGUGGAUUACAACAGGUAUGGGCCAAACCAAUGGCUGAUGGAUCGAGAGCCGCCGUCCUUUUCAACCGUGACAGUUCAUCAGCUGGUAUUCAACUUUUCUGGGCUGAUAUCUUUUUGACACCAAACACCUCGAUGACCGUUCGUGAUCUCUGGUCACAAAAAGACCUGGGAUCUUUCACUGAUUAUUACGUUGCAUUGAAUAUCCCAUCUCAUGGCAGUGUAAUGUUGAAAGUUUAUUAA